AAUUAGACUAUUAUAAAGAAACAAAUUGAAAGUAAAAACAUGUCGCAGAUAAGUUUCAUAAGAACUUAUCAGACACCGAACAAGACAACCAGACAACUUUGUUUUGUGUUCAUUUAAACACUUCUGCUGUUGUUAAUUGUGAUUGUUGAAACAUUAUACAUAGGUUUAGAAUCGAUAAUGCAAUUAUUCUUGAACAGUGAAAUCAAUUAGAACGUUAAUUAUAAAUUGACCCUUGCUAUAGCAUGUAAACAUUUUUUUUUUUUGUGAUUAUUUGAAGGAUCUUCAUUCCAUAUGGUGUGAGGCUAACGCAAGGGCGUACCUCAACGGAGGUUUUGAUCAAUCAUUUAUACGAAUACCGCCAAUAUAAAGAAGACAGGAAGAUACAUGCAGUAUUUAAAGUGAUGGUUAAAAGUAAAUAGUAUUAUAUAGUACAAAAUUUUAAUAGUGAAGUCAUAUAGCAAUACACAAUGGAAUCAGAUGAUGAUAUUCAACCUCUAAUAGAUUAUCCCAAUACUAAUGAAGUAUCUCUAGAACUUACGUUUCAAGUUCUAAAUAUUGACCCUGACUUUCAUAAGGUAAUUUAUGGAUAUAGGAAGAUAAAAUGGAGAACGGUGCUAACAUACAUAUUCUCAACUCUGACGUGUGGAUUUCCAUUCCUGGUGUUCCACUGGUAUCCAGAGUUUUUACUGUAUGCUACCUCACAAAGGUGCUGUUUUCAAAUAGCAGAUCAAGUAUUACUAGUUGAAACAUAUCAGAAGAAAUGUAAAAGUUUUUAUAUACAUAAAAUAAUUAAUAGGAAUAUUUCUGACUCUAGUGGACUAGAAAAUCAAGGGUUUGAAGAUGACUGUGAGAAAAGUAAAGUGGAUAGUGCUGAUGAUCUGUACACCCCGUUACACUUGGAUGAUGGGACUGUCUUAAAUGUCCAACAGUACCGCUUCUUCCGACAUAAAAAGCAGUAUAUAGUAUGGGAAGGUGCGCGCGCGCAGUGGGCGCGGCUGGCGGGGGUGGAGCGAGGGGCUACGUGCACGAAUCUGCACGCAAUGGCGUCGCGCGUUCCGUGCGUUGAACGCAGGAAUCGUAUGUUAAACAUAUACGGCUUAAACGAGAUCAAAGUGCCCGUACAGUCAAUAAUGACGUUGGUGCUACUAGAAGUGUUCAACCCGUUCUACGUGUUCCAAGUGUUCACUAUAGCAUUGUGGUUGGCUGAGCCAUACUACUACUAUUGCCUGGCUAUAGUGCUGAUGUCAACGUUCGGUGUUGCUACAUCAGUUAUACAGACUAAAAAGAACCAGAUAAGUCUCCGUGCUACAGUGGAGUCGCAUGCUGACGUAGAAAUAUGGGGAGGACGGCACAUAGACAGCCGGUACCUGGCGCCGGGCGACGUGCUGAUACUGCCGGCCUACCCCACCGUCAUGCUGUGCGACGCCGUGCUGCUGACCGGCUCCGCCAUCGUCAAUGAGAGCAUGCUGACAGGUGAAUCUGUGCCCGUUUCAAAAACGGCCUUACAGCGUAUAGACAAAGAGUUCAAUAUUAAAGAGCACAACAGCAGUGUGCUCUUCUGCGGGACUGAAGUGUUGCAGACUAGAUACUACAAUAACGAGCCUGUCAAAGCACUAGUACUCCGGACUGGUUACAACACUAGCAAAGGCGAGUUGGUCCGCAGCAUACUAUACCCUGUACCCGCUGACUUCAAGUUCGACAGAGAUUCCUACAAAUUCAUCUUCAUUAUGGCCGUUAUUGCGAUGAUUGGAUUAGGAUAUACGGUGGCUUUGAAGAUACACCGCCACCUGUCCAUCCGCGAUAUCGUGCUCAAGGCGCUGGAUUUAAUCACUAUCGCCGUACCACCCGCCCUGCCGGCCGCCAUGACAGUGGGCCGGCUGUACGCUGUCAAGCGGCUCGCCCGCGCGCGCGUCACCUGCCUCAACACGCGCGCCGUUAACGUCAGCGGCUCGCUGGACUGUAUAUGCUUCGAUAAGACGGGCACCCUAACAGAGGACGGUUUAGACAUGUGGGGCGUGGUUCCCACUAGCCCCGCCCCUACCGCCAUGUUGGGCCGGGUUCAGCGCGACCCACGGAAGAUGAACGAUCUACACGAGCUCAAAAUUGGAAUGGCGACGUGUCACAGCCUCACGCUGCUGAACGGGGAACUGGCGGGAGAUCCGUUGGAUUUGAAGAUGUUCGAGUCAACUGGUUGGUCGCUCGAGGAGCCUGAUGUUCCGGAGUUAUCUAACUACGACAUACUCACACCGACUAUCGUCAAACCGAAGGGCUCGGCGAACAUCAACGUGGACAAUAUGCAUAUGCCGCUAGAAGUUGGCAUAGUCCAACAGUACCAGUUCGUGUCCACUCUCCAACGGUCUUCCGUGGCGGUCCGUCUGCUGGGUGAAGACGUGAUACGCGUCUACUGUAAGGGCGCUCCGGAGAUGCUCAGGACUCUGUGCUUGCCUGAAACCGUACCAGAGAAUCUCAAUACAGUCCUAAGUUCGUACGCAGAAAAAGGCUACAGAGUUAUAGCUAUGUCGCGCCGAGUGAUGGAAGUUACGUUCAAACAGCUAGAGAAAAUGGACAGAGAAGAGGUUGAAAAAGAUUUAGAGUUCCUGGGGCUGAUAAUAAUGGAGAACCGCCUUAAAGCUGCUACUACUGGAGUCAUCAGGGAGUUGAAGGAGGCAGAUAUACACAUCGUGAUGAUUACAGGUGACAACAUCCAUACGGCAGUAAGCGUGGCGAAGGAGUGCGGUAUACUGGCGACGGGCGAACGAGUGGUUCGGAUAGCUGUGGAUACGGACGGAAAACUGUACUGCGAGAACACGCUGCAUGGGGUGCCAAUCGGUCGUCGUGUAUCUUUCGAGCGCGAGUACCAGAGCGCUAGUGGGCGGUGGCUGGACUCGGGUGUGGGCGGGGCGAGCGAGCGGGGGGCGGAGCAGCCCUCCGCCGAGCCGCGGUACAAGGUCGCCAUGACGGGCGACGCGUGGCAGGUGCUCCGGUCGCAGUACCCGUCGGCCAUAGGAAGGACAAUCGAGCGCGGCGCGGUGUUCGCGCGCAUGUCGCCCGACCAGAAACAACAGCUCGUUAUGGAGUACCAGGCGCUAGGGUAUUAUGUCGGUAUGUGCGGCGACGGCGCGAACGACUGCGGCGCGUUGCGGGCGGCGCACGCGGGCAUCUCGCUGUCGGAUCGGGAGAGCUCCGUCGCCGCCCCCUUCACCGCCCCCAUAGUGCUCGCCGUCACCACCGUGCUACGGGAAGGACGAGCGGCCCUAUCCACCAGUUUCGGAGUCUUCAAAUUUAUGAUAGCGUACUCACUUACAGAAUUUUUGUCAGUCGCCUUCUUAUACUACUUCGAUGCCAAUCUUACUGACUUCCAGUUUCUAUACAUAGAUGUCGCUUUGAUCGUCAACUUUGCUUUCUUCUUUGGCGUCACAGAGGCGCAUACGGGCAAGCUAAGUAAGCUAGCGCCUCUCACUUCUCUUAUAGGCAUCGUGCCUAUAGCGUCUCUGAUAGGCCAAAUGUUGCUUAUAGUUGUAGCGCAAUACCUCAGCUAUUUAGCUAUAAGCUAUUUCCCCUGGUAUGUCCGACAUACCUACGAAGGUGAGGAAAUGAAUGAAUGCUGGGAGAACUACGCUAUCUUCACCAUAUCCAUGUUUCAAUAUGUAUCCCUAGCUAUAUGUUUUAGCCACGGCUCGCCUUAUCGCAAAUCGGUACUAACAAAUGCGCAGCUUAUGACCAGCGUCGUUAUAAUGAUUGCUAUAAAUGUAUACAUAACUGUAUCCCCAGCGGAAUGGCUAGCCAAAUUCUUGCAGCUAAAAAUGCCGAAGGACCAACUUAUGUGCUAUAUCGUGCUAGCGUUGGCGUCCUUCAAUUUCGUCCUAGGGUUGUUCUACGAACGGUUUGUCAUACAAUAUUUAAUGGAGGCAAAGAGAAUGAUACCUAAUUUCAUUAAAGAAAGACAAGUUAGGAAGACUCCUCAUCUUAUGAUCAAAAGGCAGCUGACUGCUAUGGACUAUUUGGACUGCGAUACGGUGGUACACUACGACAAAGAAAUGGGAUCAUCGGGACAGAGCAGCUGAUUUUUACGUAGUUUUUUUAACAUAUGGGCUGUUCAAUCAUGUUCUAAAGAACUCAAAUUAUUAUGACUACUACAGAUGUGAAAAAUUGCAAUUUUGAUUUAUUACUAGAGUUUGACAUUGAAAUUUUUUUAAAUUAUUUUUGACA